ACCGGAUAAUAAUGUUUGUUUUGGAUUAUUUUCUGUUUUUUCUUGUUGAAUUGCUCUGAUUAGAAAAAUUUAAACUGCGAGACAAAGUGUGCAAAUUAUAUUUAAAAUUGUCUUUGAUCAGUAGUUGGGUGCAGAAGAGCGGAGAGCUGCGUAUAUUUUGUCUGGCGGAUUGGAGAGGAUCAAUCGUCAUUAUUGCAUCGUAAUGGCACUGCGCUGUAUGAAUUCGUCAUCGGUUCUUCGGGCCCGACUCGGACUGCAGUUGGCGCGCGGGAUGGCGUCGGGUGAAUGGGGCAGCGGAGCGGGCAAGGGUGGUGGUGGCGGCGGCAGUAUCCGCGAGGCGGGCGGCGCCAUGGGCAAGAUUGAAGCGGCGCGCGAGGAGGAGUUCUUCCGCAAACUGCAAAAGCAGCAGCUGGACGACUACAAGGGCCACCUGAACACGGAGAUCAAGUUCCACGAGGAGCAGAUCCGCGCCCACAAGGACGCCAUCGAGCGCCACAAGGAGGCCGCCAAGAAGGCCGAGCAGGACGCCCGCAAGCAGGCCGCACUGGACCGCGACGGAUCCCGCUGAUAUCAGCGGUUAGCCCGUGUUCCCUCUUCAGCCAGACGGUGUGCUUUUUGAUUCAUGCUAGAAAUAAUUCUACCUACGUGUAGCCGGAUGCCGAAUUCAUUUUGACUCGGUUGUGUUGUGAAAUGUUUCUCCAUUAAGAUGCGUCGUAUGCUGUGUUGUACUGUAUACACGGCCUUCCGUGAUUGAUUUUAAUUAAGUCGUUUGAAAAAAACGGGAAUAAAAAAUACAAAUCCU